UGUUUUUCACAACUCUUCGUCCCGAAGAGACUCAACUCUCUCAGUGUGCAGGAGAAUCGAUACGACUUCAGUCAGGGAAGAGACCGCUCCUAUUAAUGUGUUGAUAAAAUAACCUGAUUUUAGCAGGAAGCCACAAUGGCGGCUGAGUACCUUUUGAACACUCUGGAGGAUUUAAAAGGUAAACAAUUUAGGGACUUCAAGUGGUAUCUGCAGCAGCCUGACAUCCUGGAAGGCUACGAAGCCAUCAAAGUGUCCAAGCUGGAGAAGGCAAAAAGGCGGGACACAGUUCAUCUGAUGACGACCACCUAUAAACUUCCUGGAGCUCUGGAGGUGACCAAGAAGGUUUUAGAGAAGAUAAAGAGGAAUGAUCUGGUACAGAAACUGUCAGACACCAGCUCAGGACCAGAAGCGUCAGUGGAUGUCAAUGAUGGAGAGACUUCAGAGAACAGAGGAACUUGCUCCUCUCAGAGUGAAGAUGUGAUGGUUCCAGUACCAGAGCCACAACCCAUCUCAUAUUACCAGAAAAUGCUUCAAUCAAACCUUCAGAACAAGUUCAUCUGUACACCAGAAGGGUCGAAUAAGGAUGAGCAACGUCUGGAUGAUAUCUACACAGAGCUGUACAUCACAGAAGGGGGUGGCGUACACAUCAACCAACAGUAUGGUAUCAGGCAGAUUGAGGCGCCGGUGGUGAAGCCAGCAGGAACAAUUAAACCUUGUGACAUGUUCAAACCCCCCUCUGGAAGAUAUAAACCCAUAAGAACAGUGCUGACCAAUGGAAUCGCGGGAGUUGGAAAAACAUUUCUCGUGCGCAAGUUUAUGUUGGACUGGGCUGAAGGAAGAGACAAUCAAGAUGUGCAUCUCAUUUUCCCCUUCACCUUCCGCCGACUGAAUUUCUUGAAGGAGAAAACAUUAUGCUUGGCAGAGCUCAUUCAUGAAUGCAUCAGGGAGACCAAAGACAUCAAGGACGAAGCUCUUAAUCACAUCUUUACAACUCUGCAAUCAUCAGGAAACACCAACUACGACAAGAGCAAAUUCAAACUUCUGUUUGUUUUGGAUGGACUGGAUGAGAGCCGCCUUCAUCUGGACCGCUCGACCAGUGAAAAUCAGGCAGUUAACUUUGAUGUGACAGCGUCGAUCUCAGUGGAUGUGCUGCUGACAAGUCUCAUAAAAAAGGAACUGCUUCCCUCUGCUCGCCUCUGGAUAACCACACGACCUGCAGCAGCCCAUCAAAUCCCUCGAGAGUUUAUCAACAUCAUGACAGAGGUCAGAGGGUUCACUGACCCCCAGAAGGAGGAGUACUUCAGGAAGAGAUUCAGAGAUGAGGAGCAGGCCAACAGAAUCAUCUCCCACAUGAAGACAUCACGAAUCCUCCACAUCAUGUGCCACAUCCCGGUUUUCUGCUGGAUCACGUCUACAGUUCUGGAGGAUUUGUUGGAAACCAGAGAGGGAGGAGAGCUGCCCAAGACCCUGACUGAGAUGUAUGCAGAAUUCUUGGUGUUUCAGAUUCAUCAGACAAAAAAGAAGUAUGGCCAAAAAAAGUGCAUUCAGUACAUUAAGUCAUUAGCAAAACUAGCUUUCCACCAGUUGGAAAAGGGCAAGCUGAUCUUCUAUGAGAAAGAUCUCAAAGAGAGUGGCAUUGACGUCAGUGGAGCCUCGGUGUGCUCAGGAGUGUUCACAGAGAUCUUCAAAGAGGAACGUGGGAGGAAGAAUGAUGAAGACAAGGUGUUUAGCUUCGUCCAUCUGAGUGUUCAGGAGUUUUUGGCAGCUUUAUAUGUAGAGAGGAAAGUCAUUAACAGAAACAAGAAUGUGAUGUGUGAGCCAGGGCAAACUUGUGGCGAACAAGUGCGAAUGGUGUUCAACAAAACAUCUAUGACAGAAGUCCACAAAUUUGCUAUUGACAAGACCUUGCAGAGUCAAAAUGGACACCUGGACAUGUUCCUCCGAUUCCUCCUGGGUCUUUCACUGAAGACCAAUCAGAAAUGCCUACGAGACCUAAUGAAAAGGAAAAGAAGCUCAGAAACCAAUCGGAAAACAGUUGAGUACAUCAAGAAGAAGAUCAAUGAGAAUCCGUCUCCAGAGAGAAGCAUCAAUCUGUUCCACUGCCUGAAUGAACUGAAUGAUCGUUCUCUAGUGGAGGAGAUCCAACAGUACCUGAGUUCAGGACGUCUCCCCACAGAUAAACUGUCUCCUACUGAGUGGUCAGCUCUGGGCUUCAUCUUACUGUCAUCAGAAGACGAUCUGGAAGUGUUUGACCUGAAGAAAUACUCUGCUUCAGAGGAGGCUCUUCUGAGGCUGCUGCUGGUGGCCAAAGCCUCCAACAAAGUUCUGCUGAGUGGCUGUAAUCUGUCGGAGAGAAGCUGUGAAGCUCUGUCCUCAGUUCUCAGCACCCAGUCCUCUAGUCUGAGAGAGCUGGACCUGAGUAACAACGACCUGCAGGAUUCAGGAGUGAAGCUGCUCUGUGUUGGACUGGAGAGUCCACACUGUACACUGGAGACUCUCAGGUUGAGUCAAACUUGGCUUACAAUGAAAUGCUGUCCGGAGCUCUCAUCAGUUCUCAGCUCUAAGUCCUCCCGUCUGAGAGAGCUGGACCUGAGUAACAAUGACGUGCAGGAUCCAGGAGUGAAGCUGGUCUCUGUUGGACUGGAGAGUCCACACUGUACACUGGAGACUCUCAGGCUGAGUGGCUGUAAUCUGUCAGAGAGAAGCUGUGAAGCUCUGUCCUCAGUUCUCAGCUCUCAGUCCUCUAGUCUGAGAGAGCUGGACCUGAGUAACAACGACCUGCAGGAUUCAGGAGUGAAGCUGGUCUGUUUUGGACUGGAGAGUCCACACUGUACACUGGAGACUCUCAGGAUGAGUCAAACCAGGCUCACAAAGAAAUGCUGUCAGGAGUUCACCUCACUUCUCAGCUCCCAAUCCUCCCGUCUGAGAGAGCUGGACCUGAGUAACAACGACCUGCAGGAUUCAGGAGUGAAGCUGGUCUCUGCUGGACUGGAGAGUCCACAAUGUACACUGGAGACUCUCAGGCUGUCUGGCUGUCUGAUCACAGAGGAAGGCUGUACUUCUCUGGCUUCAGCUCUGAGAUCCAACCCCUCCCAUCUGAGAGAGCUGGACCUGAGCUACAAUCAUCCAGGAGACUCAGGAGUGAAGCUGCUUUUUGCUGGACUGGAGGAUCCACACUGGAGACUAGAAACUCUCAGGAUGGAAGAUGGUGGAGAGCAGAGGCUGAAACCUGGUCUGAGGAAGUAUGCCUGUGAACUCACACUGAACAGAAACACAGUAAACAGAAACCUCAAACUGUCUGACAACAACAGGAAGGUGACAGCAGCGAGAGAGAAGCAGCCAUAUCCUGAUCAUCCAGACAGGUUCGACUUCUGGUUCCAGCUGAUGUGUUGUAAUGAUCUAACUGGUCGCUGUUACUGGGAGGUCGAGAGGAGAGGAGAUGUCGAUGUAUCAGUGAGUUACAGAGGAAUCAAGAGGAGAGGAAAGAGCAACGACUGCUGCUUUGGAGGAAAUAAUCAGUCCUGGAAUCUUCUCUGCUCUGAUGUUGAAGGUUACUCUGUCAGUCAUAAUGACAUAACUACAAGCCCCUCCUCCUCCUCCUCCUCUGUUUCUAACAGAGUAGGAGUGUAUGUGGACUAUCCUGCUGGCAUUCUGUCCUUCUACAGAGUCUCCUCUGACACACCGAUCCACCUCUACACCUUUAACACCACAUUCACCAAACCUCUUUAUCCUGGGUUUGGGUUUGGGUGCCCUGGUUGCUCAGUGACUCUGUGUUCACUGUAAAAGGAAGAAUCUCCUCCUGUGUAGAGAAACACUCACGCAUGCUGACAAACACACACAAACACACACACACACACAAUCUUUUUCCAAGUCAUAUUAACUCAAAGUUAAGAGAAAAAUGUUUUGUUUUAAGAUUAAGAUAAGAUAAGCCUUUAUUGAUCCCCAGAGGAGAAAUUCAGGUGUUGAAGCUGCACAAGGACAGAAAUAAGUACAGAUUUACAGAGAAAGCUAAAAAAAGAAAAGAAAAAAAGAAUAAUAAUUAGAAUUGUAAAGACUAGAAAAUACCGCCUUGGGGUUGUACGCCUCCGACAACCAAUCAAGUUUACAAUUUGAGUUAUGGCCAAAAUGUGAACGUGUUAAUAUAUGGCCGUGUUUUUUCUGUGAGGUCACAUUGACCUUGACCUUUGACCAUCAAAAUAUAAUCAGUUCAUCCUUGCGUUCAAGUAGACGUUUGUGCCAAAUUUGAAGAUAUUCCCUCCAGGCGUUCCAUUCACAAGAAUGGGACGGACGGAUGGACGGACAACUCAAAAACAUAAUGCCUCCAGCCACAGCUGUCGCAAGCGUGGAGGCAUAAUAAAUAAUAGGAAUACAAUAAAAAUAGAAACUAAAAAAGAGCAAUUAGACUCAAAAUUACAAUACAAUAUACAAACAGUACCCACGACCAGAGUAUGUACAGAGUACAUACUUUAACUAUUAGUUCAAUACUGUCUCAAACAAAGUGACAUUGUGGUGUGGUUAGUAGUAGAGUAUAAAAUAGUAUAUGUAAAGUAAUAUGAUGCCACCAACUAUAACAGUGUACACCAGAAUAGUAUAUAAUAUAGUAAAUAUAGUGUGGGAUAUAAAGUAAAAUGGUGAAAAAAAUAUAUAUUUAACAUAAUGUAUAGUAAGUAUAGCACAGAAUAUUAAGUAUAAUAAAGUACAGUAUGAGAAUAGUAUAGUUUAUAAUAUAUCAUGAAAAAUACAAUUACAACAACUACUACUACUAAAAAUACAUAUGUAUAGUAUAACAUAAUAAUACACAUAAUACAUGAUAAAAACUAUAUGUAUUCGUGUGCAAUAUUUGCAAAUCAAUCCAACAGAGAAAGAUAGGGAGAGUGUGCCAGACACUGUGGGAACUGUGUGUGUGUUUAUGAUAUUUGUUGAAUGCAGUAUGUGUCUGUGAUUUUAAAUACCUUGAUUUAAAUAAUGUAUGUUUUCAUUCAGUCUUUGAAGGUAAAGAUAAAGAUUUUAGUUGGAGUUUUCUUUACAGUCUUAUUUUUUUCCACAUAUAAAUAAGUACAGAAUGUUUUUCCAGUGAAAUUACAGGGUUUCACACAUAUGCAUAUACUGUAUCUUAUAAUCUUAUAUAAUAUUCUAAAGAUAUAUAUCAGUGAUCUCGGGUUUAAUUUACAUCCUCAUCAGAUGAACAGUGUAGGGACCUUUUUUAAACAAGCGGGACCAAUUUGAGGGGACUGAAAGUAACUAAAAAAAAGACAUUUCAGAUGUUUUUUGCAUCAUUUUAGACACAUUUCUCCAACAUUCAGCCUGAAAUAUUUGGUAUCUUUGGAAAAUUUGGGAUCUCCACUAGAAUUUAAAAUGAGGUUCUGUAGGAUUGAACAAUGUUUGGCUGAGCAACAUGGAUUUGUAAAGAUGCAGUCCCCAGAGGGUUCACCAAAAUUCUGUGAAUCCCCUCCAAAGUCAUCAUCAUUUAAAAUAAAACAGUAACUCUGAUAUCAAGCUGAGGGUGUUGACUGUGACUUUUUUGCCAGCUUCGUGUCGGAACUCGUUCAUCAUGAAUCUCGAAUUUUCAUGAGCCACUUUUGGAUCAAAACGGUUUUGCCUUCUGGGACAAGUGUCAUCUAAAAAAAAACAUGUCAUGCAGUAGUGUUGAUGUAGUAAUGUACAAUGUUGGGUGGGUUUUUACUAAAAAUCACAUGACAAAGAGGAACCCAGAUAAACUGAUGUCGUAAUUUCACUUCUACGUCAGACACA